ACCUUCAAGCCGAAGAAGAGUGUUAAACCAGUUGAGAGCAGUGCUACGACAUGCUUGCCUCAUUAAUUCCGUUCUUCUUAGUCGCUCAAGUGACAGUCGAUGAGAGUGUUUGGAAACAUGGACCCGAAUACGUCUUCGAUGUGGAAAUGAACAUCACUUCAAGCCCCUUAAAUCACGAUGGGGUACAACGGUCUAACUACACAGUCAUGAACCUUUUCUGCAGACCAACUGGUUCAGAUGGAUUGAAUUGUCAUAUGGGAAAUGUGAGACGACAAAGCGUGGACAUUACGAACGACAAUAAAAUCGACAUACCAGAGGAAGAACUGAAACAGUUGUAUCCCGAGGAACCUUUCGAAAUAAAAUUCAACGAGUUCGGUGUCGAUUAUUUGAUAGUGAACAAUCAACUGAAAGUCGAUCAUUUGAAUGACAUUAAACUGAUCGCGGAACGAUUCAAUAUUGGGGCCGACUUGAAUGGUGUACCUGACGGGACGUUCGAAAUUUUGGAAAAUACGACGAUCGGACAGUGUAACGUCACGGUUGGGAUAAAUCACUAUCCCUCGAAGAGGAUGAUGAAUAAAAUAAAGAGCAAUCGAUACGAGCUGGAAUCUCUACCACAAUUGAACAAAGUUCCGAGCGAGACUAUAGUGAUUCAGAAAACGACUAACCUAAAUAAUUGCAGUCAUUACGCCCCCUUCUACUUCGGAUCUUACGGCGCCAACAUCGUGGUCGAACCUGAUCUCAAAUCGCAUUUAGAAAGCUCGACUAGUCGUAUCUUUGUGAGCGAUUAUCAGUUCGUCUCAUCGUUGACAAGGAUAGGUACUAUGGGAUCAGACGAAAAGAAAAACCUGUCGGCUAUAUCGCAAUACAUAAGUUUAUCUUUUCGAGACGUUCGCGCCGCCAAACGAGAAACAGCUGAAAUUCCAGAAGCAUCGACGACAUCUAUCAUGGCAAAUUCAAUGGUGAACAGAAUAUUUUCGAUGGAUUGAACGGUAUUUAAAGUACUUUGAAAAGACUACAUUAAGGAAUAAAAUAAAAAUUCAAAUCGAUACUAAAUUCUGGAAUAAAAAUGGAGAAGAUAAUAUAAUGGAAAAUAGAAUACGAUAUUGAAUAUAUCAUAAGAAAUAUAGAGUCCUCAUUAAAAAAUAGUCGAACAUAGGAGAUAUAUCGUUUGUUGUAUAUCUUGCUGUAUUAAUAUUACCUUAUUAUAUAUUUUAAAAAAUAGAUUUUCCUCUACCUGAUUAUAAAAAUGAGAGAUCCAAUAAAUCUUAUUAGAUAAAUUUCUUUUUAUUUAAAUUACGGAUACAUUAAAUUGUAUAUCUACGGUGACCCACACACACGUUCAUGACGCACAGAAUCUUGUGUGUAUGUGAACGUACGCAUUUUCUUUUUUUUUUUGUUUAAUUCAGCGAUCAUUGUAAGUUGAAAUUCAUUGACGAAUCGAUUAAAACAAAAAUACACGAAAAAAAUUCUUAGCUUAA